CGCUUUUGUGUACGUGCUGUCUAGCGCAGCAACGAAUGUUUCUCCUUGAUCUUUCUGGAAAGCCUAUAUACUCACACAAUGUAGUGUGUCUGAUAAAUCUGUAAUCGGAAAUAGAUAUUCUGAUCCGGACGUUUCUCUCAUCUGAAUUCUUUGGACUGCCAUGAUCCUAAUUUAAAGACAUUUGUUUCGUAAACACUCUUGGUCGUUGCACAUUCUUCCCAUCACAAUGAGAUUUUACUCCUAUCUCGUGAAGAACCAUUUACCAAAGAUAGAAUAUUAUUCAAGGUUUUCACCAUCGCCUCUGUCAAUCAAACAGUUUCUGGAGUUUGGCCGGGAUAAUGCGUGCGAGAAGACGUCGUACAUGUUCCUGCGGAAAGAGCUUCCGGUGCGUCUGGCGAACACGAUGAGAGAGGUGAACCUACUGCCGGAUAAACUGCUCAGUCAACCAUCGAUCAAACUGGUGCAGAAAUGGUACCUACAAAGCUUUUUAGAGCUGCUGGAAUUUGAAAACAGGAAGCCAGAAGAUGCACAUGACCUGAAUGACUUCCUUGAGAUCCUUAUUGACAUAAGAAACAGACACAACGACGUCGUUCCGACGAUGGCCCAGGGCGUGAUUGAGUAUAAGGAGAAGUUUGGCUUCGACCCUUUUGUCAGCUCCAACAUCCAGUACUUUUUGGACCGCUUCUACACAAACCGAAUCUCCUUUCGGAUGCUCAUUAACCAGCACACUCUUCUAUUUGGCAAUGACAUAAAUCCAGCUCAUCCCAAACACAUUGGCAGUAUUGAUCCCAACUGCAAUGUGGCCGAGGUCGUGACUGAUGCGUACGAGACCGCCAAGAUGGUCUGUGAGCAAUACUAUCCAGCCGCCCCGGAUUUGAAAAUAGAAGAGUUCAAUGGUGCAUUUGCUUCCAAGGCUCCUAAAAAACCCAUCCAAGCUGUUUAUGUUCCUUCACAUCUGUUCCACAUGCUGUUUGAAUUGUUUAAGAACGCAAUGCGGGCCACGAAUGAACUUCACGAGGGCAGCGAGGAGGGUCUUCCCCCUAUAAAAGCAAAAGUGACCCUGGGGAAGGAAGAUCUGUCUGUGAAGAUCAGUGAUAGAGGAGGAGGUGUGCCUUUACGGAAGAUUGACAGGUUGUUUAACUACACCUACUCGACUGCACCGACGCCAAGUUUAGACUCCAAACGCGUCCCAUUGGCUGGUUUUGGACAUGGCUUGCCGAUAUCAAGACUGUAUGCUCGCUACUUUCAAGGAGACCUGAAGUUGUACUCAAUGGAAGGGGUGGGGACAGACGCUGUCAUCUAUCUGAAGGCCCUCUCUAGUGAAUCUUUCGAGCGUCUGCCCGUCUUUAACAAAUCUGCUUGGCGGCACUACCAAGGAGGCCCUGGAGCCGAUGACUGGAGCAACCCCAGCAAAGAACCCAGAGAUACCUCCAAAUACAAGGCCAAAAGAUAAAUGCACUCACCCCAGCGUAGCAAAUUCCCACCGCACCCAUUCCAAACCUUCUCAGUUUUAACGAGGAUAUCUGUUGCCACGGCAACACCACAUCAAAGCCGAGUGUUCUAUAAUUGUUAGCAUUUCCAGAGCGGAACAUGUGAUGUCAGUCUCAUUCAUUUUCUGCUCAUAUCUUCUUUACAUAGCUACAAAUGAAACCUAUAGAGCCCCUUUAUGGUGUCUUCCAGGAGAGUGUAGAGAGAGGGGUAAACUUUGUGCUCUGAGUGACAGAUGCAGGGUUUAGUUGUGCCACACAGUAGAGCCCCUGUUUUAUUUUCAAAAAAGGAAUCCGGGAGCUUGUGAUGGUUGAAACAAAGGCCAUUUCUUACACUGCCAUUCAAAAAUCCACUGGUAAUAGAGAGGAGGGGUUUGUUCACCGUUUCCACGGAUACCAUUUUCUUGGCAGUGCCCUAAUGGCGUACUAUGUCGAAAGGAUUUUUUACAUGCUGGGUGAAUCUUAGUAACCUGUCACAGCAUUAGAGCCAUUCGGCUUGUAUUGCACAGCAUUGCAUUGUUAUUUUCAUGCCAGUUGUCAUUCUUAAGAACAUCACAAUUCAUACACGUUUCAAUUCUCCACAUGCAAAUGCAUAACUCAUGUUUCGUAGCCCGGAAGAAUGCACUUUUGAACAAAAUCUAAAUAGUUCGGUACUAUUUAUUUAUUUAUUGAUCCCUUAUUUUAAGCUCUUUUGCAUUUGCGUGCUGAUGUUGUUUUGGCAAUGUUACUCUGAACUAGAGUUGUGUUCAAAGAACGCACACACCAGAAUAGCCUAUUUUAGCAUUAAGGAUGCAUAAAGAAUGCUAGGUAUGAAUUUCUUUGUUUAAGAAAGCAGAUCCUGCUUUGAUACUUUGGCCCUGGUUGGUGACAUGUCAUUGAUAAUUUUAAAGAGGUUUCAGAAGACCAUUGUGUCGUAACAGUUCUGUUUAACUUCUUACAGAUUGAGAUUUUUAGUUUAGGCUUUUUAGGAUUUAUUUAUAUUCUUUUCAUUCCUUCUAAUGAAAUGUCCUUGUUUAUGUUGUGCAAGAAUGGUUUCCAGAGUAUUUAAAUAGUUUUACAUUAGUAUGGAAGUGUUUUAGGGUAAUAACACUUGGAUGGGGGAUUGGAUGAAUUUCAGAGCAGCUUGUCUGGUUUACAGGAACAGCCAUUAGAAGCUUAACUUUUUUCCAACUACUCUGUGUGUGUCUCAUUUUGUAGUAGUACUUCACAAAUACUCUAUUUCUGACCACUUCAUGAUUCUUUUGCAAGCACAAAUAUUUCUGUAAUUAGGUAAGUUUUGCCUAUUGUUUGAAAAAUGUUUGUUUAAUUUUAACAUACUGUAUUUGCAUACAGAAAAUUACAGCAUUACAGUAAUGAGAAGUGAGUAUGCUAAGUGAUUCCUAAAAUGCAUGUGUUAAAUUAUUUUAUGAAAAUAGCAAUGUUUAAACAUUUUUUUAAAUUAUAUUGAAAUGCUUUAUAAUUGGGAUUUUUCUACCAGAGAUUCUCCACCUUCAUUUCUGCAUGUCUAUUGUUUUAUACGGGCGAUCUAUCUCUAUAUAAUGCUGUACAUCUGUUAUUCAAUGCUUGGUUACUGUUUAACGGUUCAGUUUUUGGUCAUGAUGGGAACAUAGUACAUUUUCCAUUUGGUGUUGAAAUAUGGAUUUCAGUAUUUAUUUGAAAAGUUUGUUAAAUUAUUUUCUAGUUUAUACGUGUUAAUAGUGUAUUAUUACAUCUAUGAAGAAAGCACUUUGAUGCCUUUAACUCCAACCGCUCUAAAGAGAAGUUAAAGGUGGGGUGUCCGAUUUCUGAAUUACGCUUGUUUAGACAAAGUCGGGCCGAGUACCGAAACAACCUUGCAGCCAAUCAGCAGUAAGGUGAACAGUCUACAUGAUGGACAUUAGUCGAGCCGAGCGCUGACGAAAGCGAAAGAUGGGGGUAGGGGUGUCUCUGUUUUGGUGAUUUGAACAUCACAACGGCAAUAAGAAAUCGGACACCCCGCCUUUAAUGUGGAACACAUGAAGAAAACCUGACCUUUUUACCGACACAGAAAUGUUGGUACUAUGAGCCCAACCGAUAUAUUCACGGUGUCAAACAAACAUCGCAUCUGCAAAACAAGCUUUCUUGAUAAAACAGGCAACAUGUGUUUGUGAUUGAAUGUGUUAUUUUUACUUUGCAAGAAAAUCACCAGUGCUUAUACUAUACAUAAGCUUAAGAUAAAAUGAAACACCGUGUCUACACCGGACGCAACCCGACAAACGGCUUGUUCUUAAUCUCACAUCGCGCCACAUCCAGUUGUUAUGUUAAAGAAUAAUCAUCUUUGCGUCGUGGCUGCAUUACCACCUCGAGGUGUGCAUUAACAUUUGAAUAAUUGAAUGGACCUGAAUCAAUCAAUCCGAUUAUACCACGGUUACCACACCACGGCACAUAGUUAAAAUGUUUAAUUUCAACAGUUGUCAUGUUAUCCCCUUUAAACUAGCCUACUAAUGCAUUGUCUUUUGGCGUGAUGCGUCGCAUCGCGUCUGGUGUAGACACUGUGUAAAACUCAUGAUUAUAUUGAACCGGACAGAAAAUCCUUAUAAUGAGAGUAUUGAUAAUUGAGUGUUAAAUUCCAUCUGAAGUACCCUUAAAUAAAGUAAAUAAAAAGUUA